AUGCAAGGCCUUCAACAAACCCCGCAGAAGGAAGGAGCAAGAUCUUCAGACCUCGUCAUUCGCAGAUCAAAGGAGACUCCAUUGAAGUCCGUCAAAGAGCAUGCAAGAAAGUCUAGCAAGAUUGCGAAGAAAAGCCUCAGUUCUGCGUUUUCGUCCGUGUCCAAAGACGUCUCGAUCCGAUUAACUGAGGAACCAAUCGAUUCCUAUCGGAUUUCUGACGUUUUUGAUGGUAAUCACCAGGUCGGAGAAUCGACAGAGAGUUUCACGCCGGCGUCGACUCCAAUUCUUCCAUCUUCAUCAGUGGCGUCCACUUCGAAUAUUUCCACCUGCAAUGGAUCGGGAGAAUCAGAGGAUUCUAAGAUUGGUUCUGUGGAGGCAGAGUUAGUGGUGAAUCACCUGAGACAAGCUCGAUCGCAAGUCUGGAAUUCAUCGGACGCGGAUAUCGGAUCUAAGAAGCUUCUUGAUGCGUUGAUCAAGAUUGUAAUAGAGGAGCUCAAUGCUUCGCCUGAAGAAAGAGACUGGUUUGCUGAACUUGUCACGGCAAAGGCUCGAAUAGCAUUUCUGCUUUUAGUGCUGUGGUUCCUCUGCAUUUUGUUAGCCUUCUCGUUCACUUCAGGCGUUCGAAGGUCAUUCGACGGUCCACUACCAACGUGAAGUAUAAGCCGUCGAUCGUUCAUCCACGGGUUGUGCGGCCCGUAGGCGGGACUUAAUUUGGUCGACCCUCCAGAUAAGUCAAUAUGUUCUACAUUACCUCAGUCCAGCCAAACUGCAUACUUUCCUAGGCGCGAAACUGAAUGCUACCUCGUCAAACUGGCCCUCUCAACCCAGUGAACUGGGGAGCUGCUUCCUCUCUGCGCACAGUUUGACGGUACCCACACACUAUUUAAGAUAUGUGAUUGUACUCUAUUUUGUAUAUAGUAACGGUACUGUGCUCUGUAUUCUUUAUCUAUAUUUGUCUGUAAUCAUUUCUCAGGAAUCUGAUACUAUAUAUAUACAUAUAUACUCUUUUACUGUUUUCA